AUGUCGGCCAAGGAUGGUGGAGGCGACUCCAAGCUCUUUUCUCGGGGCAAAGUUGCCGAGCUUCGUCUCGAGCUCAACAGCGCCGGCAAGAAAGACAAGAACCAUGCGGUCAAGAAGAUUGCGCUAAAGAGAAUCGUGGCCAACAUGACGAUGAGCAACAAUGACAUGGUUGCUUUGUUCCCCGACAUCAUUGGAUGCAUGCAUAUCGCGAGCCUGGAAAUCAAAAAGAUGAGCUUUCUCUAUCUCGUCAACUACGCUCGCGUUCGGCCAGACAUUGCCAUUAAAGCCAUUCCGAUCCUAGAAACUGACAUGAACGACCACAACCCGCUUGUUCGUGCCCUUGCCCUGCGAACAAUGUCUUACAUCCACGUCAAGGAAUUUGUUGAAGCAGCCGUGCCCAUAGUCAGGCACAUGCUGCGAGACUCCGACCCGUACGUGCGGAAGACGGCGGCCUUCGGCGUCGCCAAGCUUUACGACCACGACCGGCAAAUAGUCGAGCAGUCAGAUCUCAUUGACCGCCUCAACUCGCUGCUGCGGGACGAUAACCCCACGGUCGUUGCCAGCGCGCUGGCCGGGCUGAUGGACAUCUGGGAGCGAAGCGACUCUAUCAAGCUCACAAUCGACUACAGCAAUGCGUCCAAGAUGGUGGCGAUUCUCCCAGACUGCUCCGAAUGGGGCCAGACAUACAUCUUGGAGGCCUUGAUGUCGUAUGUACCGCAGGAAACUGGCGAAGCGCUGCUGCUGGCUGAACGCAUCGCCCCACGGCUCUCCCACUCUAACUCGUCUGUCGUUUUGACAUGCAUUCGAGUCAUCCUAUACUUGAUGAACUACAUCGCCGACGAGAAGCAAAUCUCGGCCCUUUGCAAAAAACUCUCGCCCCCGUUGGUGACACUCCUAGCCAAGGGCCCGGAGGUGCAAUACCUGGCCCUGCGAAAUGCCCUCUUGAUUCUCCAACGGCGGCCCGAGGUGUUGAAGAACGACAUUCGCGUCUUCUUUUGCAAAUACAACGAUCCAAUCUAUGUCAAGGUGACGAAGCUGGAGCUCAUCUUUAUGCUCGCCAACGAGGGCAACAUUGACGAGGUCUUGACGGAGCUGAGGGAGUACGCCACGGAAAUCGACGUGCACUUUGUGCGGAAAGCGGUUCGAGCCAUCGGCAAGCUUGCCAUCAAGAUUGAGCCAGCGGCCCGGCAGUGCAUCGAUGUGCUGCUGGAGCUCGUCUCGACAAAGAUCACGUACAUUGUGCAGGAAGCCACCGUCGUGAUCCGCAACAUCUUCCGGAAAUACCCCAACCAGUACGAAUCCAUCAUCAGCACGCUCUGCGAGCACCUCGAUUCUCUGGACGAGCCGGAAGCCAAGGCGGCAAUGGUGUGGGUCAUUGGACAGUACGCAGACCGGAUUGAGAACAGCGAGGCCCUGCUGGAGGAUUUCCUGUACUCGUUUUCCGAGGAGCCGGUGGAGGUGCAGCUGGCAUUGCUGACAGCCACGGUCAAGCUGUUCAUCCAGAGGCCCACCAAAGGCCAAGAACUGGUGCCCAAGGUCCUGAAGUGGGCGACGGAAGAGACGGACAACCCCGACCUGCGGGACCGGGCCUACAUGUAUUGGCGGCUGCUGUCGACGGACAUGAACGCGGCGAAGCGCAUAGUCAUGGGCGAGAAGCCGCCCAUUACCGCAGAGGCAGAGCGGCUCGAGCCAUCGACGCUCGAGGAAAUGUGUCUCAACGUCGGCACUCUGGCUACGGUCUAUCUCAAGCCUGUGCAGACGGUGUUUCGGUCCGCAAGACCGCGGAAGCUGCAAGACUCGCCCGCGCUGCAGAAGCAAAAUCUAGCGGUGGACAGAGACAGCCAAAAAAGCAUGAGUAUGUUCGGGCGAGGCAGUCAGCCGACUGACAUUGACCUGCGAAGUCAGAAUGCAAGCAUGGCCAGCACCGAGGGCAACCUAUCACAGGCAGUGAGCGACGCCGACGCCUACUUUUCAAGCAUCGGAACGCAACAGUUGGCGGCCAUGCGAAUAGACCAGGGCGAUGAUGUGUUUGGUGGCGGUGGGGGCAGCGUCACGGGCUACGUGGUGAGUGCCCACGCACCGCAGGCGGUAAUCCAGCCUGCACAGGGCGGGGGCAGCAACGGCGACCUGUUGGUGCUGUGA